AUGGAAAAGCCUUCCCUCGUCUUCUUGCUUCCGGAGUUACUAACUCCAAUAAUUCAUUUUCUUGAAACUGAUUACUCCUCGUUGCACACAUGCGUUUUAGUCAAUCGUUCUUGGUGCCGUAUCGCGUCACCUCUCUUGUGGAGAUAUCCCUUCUCUGAUCGACUUAAUAAUGAACAAUACCGACUCAUUCCUGUUUACUUAGGUUGUUUGGACCCCGGAACUAAGGAAUGGGUUAAUGAAUUAACCCAUAAUUUCCCUCCUCAUGCGCUUAAGUCUCCCAUGUUUCAUUAUGUCAAAUAUUUAAGAAGUUUUGAUUAUUAUUCACUUUUUCACGCCGUUCGUAAAUGGUGUGAAGGCCAAAGAUUCGGUGCUUUCGUCCUAUCAGAAGGUGGUGUAGUGCCUGAUAUCCAAUUAAACCCUUCAGAUAUACUUCUUAAAUUGUUAAUUGACCUGUUUUUGGAUCAAGCACAGGAUCUGCAAGGUAUUGGAAUAUCAGCCGUAUCUCAUCGUAAUGGUGAAUUUCUACAAUUAGAAGAGCAUGAGGAGGAACUCACUCGUCCUCGCUUAAGUAAACUUAUUUAUUUGGAAUGUGAUGAUUGCAUUCCUGAAAACUUAAUGUUUGCCUCGGAAGUUUGUACGAAUCUCGUACAAUUAAAUAUAGAAUGUUCUUGGGGUAAUGAUGAAGAAAUAAUGAAAUUAUUUAAAGUUCAAAAAAAGUUAAAACGUUUAAUUGUAAGUAAAAGAUGGCCAUUAGUAGACGAAGCCUUUACUUGUGAAGAGUUUACUGACUCUUUGAUAUCGGUAACAUUAAUAAACAAUAUGAAUCUAGUUGAUAAUGGUGGAAAUUUAAGUGUUCUUUCCGCAUGUAAAAAUCUUGAGAGUAUAAGAUUCGAAGAUUGGAUGACAUUCCGUGAAGGUGACUUAAUGGUAUUAUUAUCAACACCUUUCCCAAAUCUUCGAAGAGUAAUAAUUAAUCAUUCGAAACCUCCGCCACAAGUUCUUAUUUCAAUGCUCACAAUGAAUGGGGUAAACCUUCAAGAACUUAAGUUGGAUUGGAGUAUUCGAACGCGUAGAAAUAAUAAUAAUAAUCAACAAUUACCUCAAGUUAUUAAUGCCGUUGCUGAACACUGCCCAAAUGUUCGUUACUUUGAGGCACCCAUACAACGUAAAGAAAUUCCCGAAUUAUAUUCUUUAUUACGAAAUUGUAAAAGGUUAGAAAGUUUGAUCUUAAACGAGUCAGAUGUUGAACCAAAAGAUUCUACAUAUGAUGUGGAUCAUUUCUUACCAGUGAUGGGUAUAAUUAUUCCACAAACCCUAUAUCAAUUAAAAAUAUUUGCGAGUUGGAAGUUUACUGCGGAAACAUUAAGACAGUUCUUAAUGGAAACAUGUACCGCUAAUCUUACGCGCAUGGGAUUCAAGUCGAUCGGCGAUGAGCAUUUAGAAGUGAUCACAAGUUAUUCUAAGGAAAAAAAUCCCUUGAAUAUCCUUGAUUUGGUGUGGUGUAACAUCGAGUCUCAAGCCGAAAAAGCAGCGAAGGAGUAUAUAGAAUGUGUUAAAAUCAUAGGUAGUAGUAGAGGUGGAGCGGAUUGA